CGGGGCCCGGAUCUCUUCCGCCGCCAUUUUACUGCUCCGUUCUCUGUUCGUAGCUUUCUCUCGCGUCUGCCCGAGCCGCCCUGCCCCGCCAUGGAGGACAUGACCGAGUACAGCGGCGGCCUGGAGGAGUUCGCCGAGGGCUCCAAGAUCAACGCCAGCAAGAACCAGCAGGACGAUGGCAAAAUGUUUAUAGGAGGCCUCAGCUGGGACACAAGCAAGAAAGAUUUGACUGAGUAUUUGUCUCGGUUUGGAGAGGUGGUGGACUGCACAAUUAAAACAGAUCCAGUGACUGGGCGGUCCAGGGGAUUUGGCUUUGUGCUCUUCAAAGAUGCUGCCAGUGUUGACAAGGUCUUGGAAUUGAAGGAACACAAACUGGAUGGCAAGCUAAUUGAUCCUAAAAGGGCAAAAGCACUGAAGGGAAAAGAGCCACCCAAAAAAGUGUUUGUUGGUGGACUGAGUCCAGAUACAUCUGAAGAACAGAUUAAAGAAUACUUUGGUGCUUUUGGAGAGAUAGAAAAUAUCGAACUUCCAAUGGACACAAAGACAAACGAAAGGAGGGGUUUCUGUUUCAUCACAUACACAGAUGAAGAGCCAGUAAAAAAAUUAUUAGAAAGCAGAUACCAUCAGAUUGGUUCUGGCAAGUGUGAAAUCAAAGUAGCACAGCCCAAAGAGGUGUAUAGACAGCAGCAGCAGCAGCAACAGAAAGGUGGAAGAGGUGCUUCAUCUGGUGGCAGAGGUGGCGGCAGGGGACGUGGCAGGGGUCAGGGACAAAACUGGAACCAAGGAUUUAAUAACUAUUAUGAUCAAGGAUAUGGAAAUUACAACAGCACUUACAGUGAUCCAAGCUAUAGUGGUUACGGUGGAUAUGAUUAUUCUGGCUACAAUUAUCCAAGCUACGGAUAUGGACAGGGAUAUGCAGACUACAGUGGUCAACAAAGCACAUAUGGAAAAGCAUCCCGAGGUGGCGGCAAUCACCAAAACAACUACCAGCCAUAUUAAAGGAGUACAUAGUACUUGGGGGGGCAGCAGCGGGAACUUCAUUGCAGGCCGUGUGUCACCCUGACCACGUCUAUCUCUGGGGGUCGCACGUUGCAGGCAGAGCGCAAGGCAUACACCAGAAAACGCUGUCCUGUGGUAUGGUCUCUUCCAACUUCAUGUACCAGCGUAAAGAUUAAAGUGGAAAACUUCAGACUUUGGCUUCUUUUUAAUCUUUUUGAAGAUUAAGUGUCUUAACUUAAAUGGUUUUUUACAGGAGUUAAAGUACAUAAAUGCCUUUACAGCUUAAUCAUUUUGGUCUUCUGUUUAGUGUUGUAUUUCAAUUGUGGAGCCUCAUUUUAAGUGUGCAUUCUUUAAGAUUUAAUGCUUGCUUUUUCUUUUUAUAGCUAAUAGUGAAAUCUGCAAACCAAAACGAACUUUUAAAUCUGGAAAAAUAUUAAAGAUCAUAUGCACACAAACUACAUCAUGCUAAUGUUUUUUGGCAAUGUUCAUUAACAAGAAUUAAGUUAGGCUAAUUGUUUUUCUUAACAGCAUUUCUAGUGGAAACAUUUUUCACAGCCCAGUUUGACACACACACAAAUUGUAACUUCUUGCUUAAUUUGCAGACUCCUUGUUCUGAAACAGCUUCCUGAGUGGGCUGAAAUGCUAUAUUUGGGGAGAUGAAAGAUUUCUAGUUACCAAUAACGUUAAAUAUGCAUAUGAUCUUUAACCAUGAAGAAAGGAAUAAAUAGAGGACUUAAAGCAGUUCAUGAAAAUGGACCUUUUAACAAAUCUUGUAAAAGUUGCGCAGAUCUGAUAAGUCAUUUUGUCUUGUUUGUAGGUGGAGAUACCACAGUAAAGUCAUCUUGCAGAACAUCAGGAUUGAAUGGAGAGUGGUCUUCAUGACAUGAAAUGACUUUUCUAAAAGACUUUUUAGACUGACACAAUCGUGUCCAACUGUAUAUAGCGGCUGAUUAGUUUUCUUUAUGGUUUUUACUUUGUCUUUUUUUGCCAUCUGUGUUAUGACACAAUGUGGACUUGUGUUUAUACAAAUUUUAUUUGUAUAAUUUCAUGUUAAGUGAUUCUUGAAUAAAUGCUUACCUAUGUGAUUCUGUCUUCCUUUGCUGCUUAGUUUUGUAAGCUUUAAUUUUUAAUUAAGCCGUUUCAAGGACCGCAGUCUUUCCAGAUCUGGGGGGAGAGCCUGUAUUGGAACCAGGGCCUUGAAUGCCUUUCUGGGCCCCUAAUUUCCUCAAUAUAAGCUCAGGGAAUUGUUUGAAGUCUUAACAUCGUCUGACUUUUAAAACAUGCUGUUAAAUGAUUACAUGGCUUCUUGUUGCACUAAGAUAACUAAGACCAUCUUAAACGUGUUUGAAAUCAUCCUGUCACCUCUUCCUGUUGUACCCCACGAUCAUUUUGACACACCUUGUGUUAGCAUUUCAUAUUUCUUGCUGUUGAAUUUAAUUGCUAUGGACUUCCUACUUGGAGCAGUUUUGUGCAAUGUGAUGGGGUUAACUGUGUACAAGUUUGAGCCUUUGGGAUGCUGGUGGAUGUUCACUGUUUCUAGAGAGCCUAACGUUUUUAUAUUAAAUGGCUUACUCUAAUAACUGGACAAGAAAGGAACUAGUUAAAUGUGAUGAGAAAGCAAAAAGUCAAUCAUUUCCAUUAAUGCACGUAGCAAUUAAUAGAUUAUCAUACUGUAGUGAAUUUAACUCCAUUUUCAGUUAAGGCCUGUGUUCCAAAAAUGUAUAAUGCAUUAAAUUAUAUGUAUUGAUCAAUAACUUGGUUACAUUUAAAAUAGUUAAUGAACUGUCUGAAUGGGGAGUCCCAAGUAGUUGAGUCGUCUUGAUGUUCAGUGAGUUUUACCUAUUGCUAAAGGGUUUUUUUAAGUAACAGGUUUGUCUAAAUAAGUGUUGAUGAAUGGUUUAAUGGCUAGCAUAUAAACUCUAGCUCUAUUAUGCAAAGCCUCAAUAUUCUAGGGGAUCUGGUCAACUUUUUUAGCAACAGUUCACUAGUGUAGAACUGACUUAAUUCCAUGCUCUGAAUCUUGGAGCCAGAAGCACUGUAGUCCACACUGGUUUAGGUCUUAACUUUGCAGCUCUCCAUAAGUAGUUCAACCUGGCCAUGCACACAUGCAUGUCUAAUCAUGGAUUUAAAAUAUAUUGUUUAGAAGACAGAUGGGACUUUAUUCACAGCAGUAUAAGUCUUUUCUGUACUGUUUUGUCCAUCUUUUAUGUCCUUUGCAUCUUUCAUUUCUUUCCAGUGUAUUUGCUCAUUGGAUUUGUUGGUCUCAUCUGCCUUUCCAUGUAAAAAUGGGUUGCUUAACAUAAUUCUUUGCUCAAGCACUGCUGCAGCUUGGACAGAUCUGGCAAUGUUGGGGGGAAUGCUAGUAAAGAUGCCUGUAGAUGAUCUACAUUACAUCUCAUGCUGUUCCUGGUGAUAAAAUAAUUACAGCUAAUGUGUACUACUCUUAAACUACUGAUGCUGGUAGACCAGCGUGGGAAGCCAAUAUCAGCAGAUAUGGCCCUGUUGAACUAUUUGAUGGCGCUGGCAAUUAAAUUAAUGCCUAGUUGCUGGUAGGAGUAGCUUUUGCUCCCUUUAAUUACCUCUGCAUUUCUGAAGUAUACAUGUUUGUCAAUUAGUGUUGUAUGUUAACUGUAGUUAUUUGGACUGUAGAAUGACAAAUCUAAAUUAUUUUCUUCAACAUAGUGAUAUAACUUGCUAUAUUA